AUGGCGGCGGCCCCGGCGGAGGCGGGCGGGGAGCCCUCAGUGCCGGCCGGGCCCGCCACGGGCGCUGUGGGGGCCGCGGGCCCCGCCGGGAACCACCGCGAGGCCGCGGGGGAGGGAGAGGAGCUGUCGCCGCCGCCGCUGCCGGGGCUGCGGCUGGUGCAGCAGGGCGCCGAGGCGCACGUGUACCGCGGGCUGUUCCUGGGCCGCGCGGCCGUGGCGAAGCUCCGCGUCCCCAAGCGCUACCGGCACCCCGCGCUGGAGGAGCGGCUCAGCCGCCGCCGCAUGACACAGGAGGCGCGGUCGCUGCUGCGCUGCCGGCGGGCAGGGAUUCCAGCUCCAGCCGUGUACUUCGUGGAUUAUGUCACCAACUCCAUAUAUCUUGAAGAUAUCGUAGACUCAGUUACAGUUCAGGAUCAUAUUUACUCUGUACAGCGGAGUGGAAAUGAUGCCAGCAGCCUCCAGAGCUUAGCAGAGAAGAUGGGUGAGCUGUUAGCAAGGAUGCACGAUGAAGAUAUUAUCCACGGGGAUCUCACAACUGCCAAUCUCCUCCUGCGGCCACCCCUGGAGGAGCUGGACUUGGUGCUGAUAGACUUUGGACUCAGUUUUAUUUCGGGUCUUCCAGAGGAUAAAGGAGUUGAUUUGUAUGUUCUGGAAAAAGCCUUCAUUAGCACUCAUCCAGAUACUGAAGUGAUGUUUAAAGCUCUGCUGAAGAGCUAUGCAGCCACAUCUAAAAAAUCUGGUCCUGUCAUCAAAAAGCUGGAUGAGGUGCGGCUGAGGGGAAGGAAGAGAUCCAUGAUUGGGUAGGAGAGGGCAGGUUUGGGGAUGGGGAAAUAUUACGUUCUGCAAAUAGGGUUAUUUAUAUUUCUAGUUGGGUUUAUUUUGCAUAUCACUAUUUUGAUAACCGUGUCUUCAAAUAAAUAACUCUGAAUGAGUUUAAGUG